AUGUCCGCUCAAGCAGUCAUGGCGCCUGCACCACCGGUCCAGAAGAUUGAGAAGAAACCCGUCAAGUUCAGCAAUUUGCUCCUCGGCGCUGGUCUGAAUAUGUUCGAGGUGACCACUCUAGGACAACCGCUAGAAGUCAUCAAGACUACCAUGGCCGCCAACCGAACCGACACCUUUGCUGGUGCGAUGGUGAGAAUAUGGGGUCGGGGUGGUAUCCUUGGAUACUACCAAGGUCUGAUUCCCUGGGCCUGGAUCGAAGCCUCGACAAAGGGCGCCGUCCUUCUCUUCGUCGCCUCCGAAGCGGAGUACUAUGCAAAGACUUUCGGCGCCAACAACUUUGUCGCCGGUAUCACUGGAGGCAUGGUGGGCGGCGUCGCCCAAGCCUAUGCGACCAUGGGUUUCUGCACAUGCAUGAAGACGGUUGAAAUCACACAGCACAAGCUUGCCGCGCAGGGUGUGAAACCUCCUUCGACAUUCAAGACGUUCGCAGACAUCUACCGAAAAGAAGGUAUCCGGGGGAUCAACAAAGGCGUCAACGCCGUCGCCAUUCGACAGACUACCAACUGGGGUUCUCGGUUCGGUCUGUCCCGACUGGCGGAGACCGGUAUCCGAAAGGUCUCUGGCAAGGAAGGUGGUGAGAAGCUCAAUAGCUUCGAGAAGAUCCUGGCUAGUGGCCUUGGUGGGGGGUUGUCUGCUUGGAAUCAGCCCAUCGAAGUCAUUCGUGUUGAGAUGCAGAGCAAGACCGAAGACCCCAACCGACCCAAGAACUUGACUGUCGGAAAGACCCUGAAGUACAUCUACAACACCAAUGGUAUCAAGGGUUUGUACCGUGGCGUUACUCCUCGUAUUGGUCUCGGUGUUUGGCAGACAAUUUGCAUGGUUGCUUUGGGUGAUAUGGCCAAAGAUGCCGUGGAGAAAUUGACCGGUGAAAAGGUCACCGCGAAGCACUAA